CUGUCCGCUGACCCUAGGGUAUCCUGGCAGCGGCGAGGCUGUGUUAGUUUAUAUUAUAUAUUUUGAUAUAUUAUUAUUGUUAUAUUUUGUUCGUGUUGUCGUUUGCUGGUGUCCGCUCCUGACGGUCGCUGCACAACGCUUAUAACGUGCCCACUUUGACACACGCAGGCUAUUCGCCCCUAUGAACACAUCGCUCAACUCGCAGCACUUCAUAGAUGUUAGUUGGAAUACUAAAACCACUAGGGAUACUAUGUUCCUACAUAUUUAAAGCCAUGGGACAAAGCUUGGUCGUAGGCUCCGAGCGGACUACCAGGCGCAAGAAACCAAAAGCCGAUGGCAAAUUGGAUCCACCGACCGUGUCACUCACGGCCGCUUCUGUGACGGAUUUAGAUAGUAUAUCACAACAUCAUCUCGUUUACAAAAAAAUGGAACAGUUGAUGGAUCGCAUGCAAGAUGAAAAUUCAGGGAUUCUCGUGCGUACCAUCAACAAAUUUCGAGCAAAAGUACCUUCGGUGUUUACUGGCUGUGAUUUAGUACAAUGGAUAAUGGCAAAUUUAGAUGUCGAUACUCAAGUAGAAGCACUGUACCUAGCCAACUUAUUAGCCUCGCAUGGUUAUUUAUUUCCAAUUGAUGAUCAUUUGUUAAAUGUUAAAAACGAUGGAUCGUAUUACCGAUUUCAAACACCGUAUUAUUGGCCAUCCAAUAUAUUUGAACCAGAAAACACAGACUAUGCUGUGUAUUUAUGCAAAAGAACCAUGCAAAAUAAAACACGUCUAGAGUUAGCUGAUUAUGAAGCAGAAAAUUUAGCAAAAUUACAAACUGUAUUAUCAAAAAAAUGGGAAUUUGUUUUUAUGCAAGCUGAAGCUCAGAGCAAAGUUGAUAAAAAACGAGAUCGGAUGGAAAGAAAAAUUCUAGACAGUCAAGAGAGAGCUUUCUGGGAUGUUCAUCGACCAAUGCCUGGUACUGUAAUAACUACAGAAGUGGAUUAUAGAAAAUUAAAAAGAUACAAAGAAUUAAUUGCAUUACCUAAUGGAGACAUUAAUAACAUGUUGCCGAUACAAGUACCUUUGAAACCAAAUAUAAAUAAACCAACAGUGGAAUCAUUGAAAAAAGAUAUUACUGCUAUGCGUUUGAAACUUGAUCGGCGUAACAUAAAGCUAUCAAAAAUAGCAGAUACGUAUAUUACUUAUUUUGAGCAAUACGCAGAAUAUGAUGCGUUUUUUACACCACCGGAAUUUUCCAACCCAUGGUUGUUGGAUAAUGUUGAAGUAUGGGAUACAGACAAAAACUCAAAAGAAGUUACUGUCCGUAGAAUUAAAAGAUGGGCAUUCAGUUUAAAAGAACUACUAGCCGAUCCAGCUGGUAAAGAGCAUUUUAAACAGUUUUUGGAAAAAGAGUUUAGCUGUGAAAAUCUAAAAUUUUGGGAAGCUGUACAGAAUCUCAAAAAAUUACCACAAAGUCAAGUUCCAGAAGCGGCCCAAGAAAUUUGGACUGAGUAUUUAAGUGGUGAUUCGUUGAACAUUGAUUCUCAAUCAAGAGAAUUGAGCAGGAAAAAUAUGUCGACUCCUGAUAGAUGGUCGUUUGACAUUGCUGCUGUUCAUGUUUACCAUUUAAUGAAAAGUGACAGUUACCAGAGGUAUAUAAGAUCAGAAAUGUAUAAAGAAUACCUUAACACUUCUAAGAAAAAGACUUCCAUGAAAGGCAUUAGGUCAAUAGUAUCUUUUUCAGGAAAAAGAGAUAUUUUUCCAUCGUGAUGUUACAUGUAUUUUAAACUAUUCAAAAUAUUUAUUCAUCAAAAAGUCCAAAUGUAUAAUUUUAUAUUUUUUUUAAGAAGUUACAAUUACUUUUUGUUUAUAAUUUAGUUUGGCUUUUAAAAAAUAUAUUGUAUUAAUAAGUAAAAAUAAAUUUGUUAUACUAAUGAGCCUUUUAUAGUACGUUAAAUAUUUUUUUUAUGGUGAUUUAUGUUCCUAUAUUGUGAAAAUUUCUGAUGUUUAUUAUACACUAUUGUAUUUCUGUUGUACAAUUUGAUAUUAUAUGUCUUUAUUUAAAAUGUUUAUUAUUAAAUGGUAACAGUGUCCUUUAUAAUAAUAAUUGUUAA